GUUUUGAGUUGGCUGCCGCUUCCUGUGGCGGACUCCUCACUCGGACCCCCUUGGUCGCUGCUCGGGGUGAGGGGGCAGCUCGGGAGGCACCGGCGGCGGUGACAGCACAGCGAGGACCCUCCGAGGCCCGCCUCGGGUCCAAGAGAGGGCUGCCACCAUGUCGCUGUCUCAUCUCUACCGAGAGGGUGAAGGAGCCAUUGAUGAGGAAGAAGAUGAGAUGGAGAACUUUGAGAUCACGGACUGGGACCUCCAGAACGAAUUCAAUCCGAACCGUCAGCGUCAUUGGCAGACCAAGGAGGAGGCCACAUAUGGAGUGUGGGCUGAGCGCGACCUUGAAGAUGAGCGGCCCAGCUUUGGAGGCAAACGCUCCCGAGACUUUUCUGCUCCUGUGAAUUUCAUUAGUGCUGGACUGAAGAAAGCUGCCGAGGAAGCUGAUGAGGAGGAUUCAGAUGAGGAGGAGAAGCCUGUUAAACAGGAGGACUUUCCUAAAGAUUUUGGACCAAAGAAGUUAAAAACAGGAGGCAAUUUUAAACCUAGCCAGAAAGGAUUCGUAGGUGGAGCCAAAUCUUUCACCGACUUUGGCAGCUGGGAGAGGCACACCAAAGGCAUAGGACAGAAGCUUUUGCAGAAGAUGGGUUAUGUCCCAGGAAAAGGCCUUGGGAAGAAUGCACAAGGUAUCAUUAAUCCAAUUGAAGCCAAACAGAGAAAAGGAAAGGGUGCUGUCGGUGCCUAUGGUUCAGAACGGACCACUCAGUCAGUGCAGGAUUUCCCCGUGGUUGACUCUGAAGAAGAGGCUGAGGAGGAGUUCCAGAAGGAGCUCAGCCAGUGGAGGAAAGAUCCCAGCGGGGGCAAGAAGAAACCCAAAUACUCCUAUAAGACAGUUGAAGAAUUGAAGGCAAAAGGCAGAGUUGGCAAGAAACUCUCUGCCCCCCAGAAGGAGCUUUCCCAGGUUAAGGUGAUUGACAUGACUGGCCGGGAGCAGAAGGUCUAUUACAGCUACAGCCAGAUCAGCCACAAGCACAACAUCCCUGAGGAUGGUGUCCAGCAGCAGCAGCUGCCACUGCCCGGCAAAGAUGCCAAGCCACAGGCCUUCGCCCUGCCCGAGCUGGAGCACAACCUCCAGCUCCUCAUCGAUAUCACGGAGCAGGAGAUCAUCCAGAACGACCGGCAGCUGCAGUACGAGAGAGACAUGGUUGUCAACCUGACCCACGAGCUGGAGAAAAUGUCUGAGGUGCUGUCCCAUGAGGAGACGGUGAUCACUAACCUCAGCAAGGUCCUGGAGAUGGUGGAGGAGUGUGAGCGGAGGAUGCAGGCCGACUGCAGCGAUCCGCUCACACUGGAUGAGUGCGCCCAGAUAUUUGAGACUCUCCAGGAUAAGUACUAUGAGGAGUACCGCAUGUCUGACCGCGUGGACCUGGCCGUGGCCAUCGUCUACCCGCUCAUGAAGGACUACUUCAAGGACUGGGAUCCCCUGAAGGACUGCACCUACGGCACUGGCAUCAUCUCCAAGUGGAAGAGCCUUCUGGAGAAUGAUCAGAUCCUGUCCCAUGGGGGCCAAGACCUCGCAGCAGAUGCUUUCCACAGGCUCAUCUGGGAAAUGUGGAUGCCUUUUGUUCGAAAUAUUGUAACUCAGUGGCAGCCCAGGAACUGUGACCCGAUGGUGGACUUUCUGGAUAGCUGGGUCCAUAUUAUUCCCGUGUGGAUCCUGGAUAACAUACUGGACCAGCUCAUCUUCCCCAAACUGCAGAAGGAGGUUGAAAACUGGAACCCUCUGACAGACACAGUUCCCAUCCACUCGUGGAUACAUCCCUGGCUUCCACUCAUGCAGUCACGCCUGGAGCCUUUGUAUUCCCCAAUCCGGAACAAGUUAUCCAGUGCUCUGCAGAAAUGGCAUCCCAGUGAUUCCUCGGCCAAGCUUAUCCUGCAGCCCUGGAAGGAUGUGUUUACCCCUGGCUCCUGGGAGGCUUUCAUGGUCAAAAAUAUCGUGCCCAAAUUAGGGAUGUGUCUUAACGAAUUAAUCAUUAACCCUCACCAGCAGCACAUGGAUGCUUUUUAUUGGGUGAUUGACUGGGAAGGGAUGAUCUCUGUCUCCAGUCUAGUAGGACUCCUUGAGAAACAUUUCUUUCCUAAAUGGCUUCAGGUUCUCUGCUCCUGGCUCAGUAAUAGUCCAAAUUAUGAGGAGAUCACCAAAUGGUACCUGGGCUGGAAGUCCAUGUUCUCAGACCAGGUUUUGGCGCAUCCAUCCAUCAAGGACAAAUUCAAUGAAGCACUGGACAUCAUGAACAGGGCUGUGUCUUCCAAUGUUGGGGCCUACAUGCAGCCUGGGGCUCGGGAAAACAUUGCCUAUCUGACUCACACAGAGCGGAGGAAGGACUUCCAGUAUGAGGCCAUGCAGGAGCGCCGAGAGGCAGAAAACAUGGCCCAGAGAGGCAUAGGGGUGGCAGCCAGCGCAGUGCCCAUGAACUUCAAAGACCUCAUUCAAACAAAGGCUGAGGAACAUAACAUUGUGUUCAUGCCUGUUAUUGGAAAAAGGCACGAAGGGAAACAAUUAUACACUUUUGGGCGGAUUGUAGUCUACAUUGACCGGGGUGUUGUGUUUGUGCAAGGGGAGAAGACUUGGGUGCCGACUUCCCUCCAGAGUCUGAUUGAUAUGGCGAAAUAGGGUGUGGCUCCUAAGCAGGAUAGUUGUAAAAAGGACGUAUUAAAGACUUUUAAAAACGAACUUGUUGGGAUCCUACUGAAUCCACAGUAGGCCGGGAGACUCUGAUCACAUCCACACCAGGUCUUAGGGGAACAGAUGUCUCCUUCCUUUUCUAUAAUUCUUUUUAUCUAGUUAAGUGAUCAGGAGAAUUGGCUAAGCUUCCUGAUCUAAACCAGAACCCAUCUGAGGGUGGGCAUGGCCUGAGGGUCUCAUCAUCACCAGACUACAGCCCAGAUGAAUCCAGCCUCCUGCCCUCCUCCUAAGAGUUUGCCUACCCAGAAUCUUCCCCAUCCAUGGUGUGGGGGAAAAUAAAAUCUCGCCUCUUCUACCCACCUACCUACAACACUUCCGCCAUGGAAUUUAAUCACAGGCCUUCCUUCCCAAUUGUCAGUUGUCCUCACAGACCAACAGCUACUUUCUAUCAUGAAGACAUCGCAGUUAAAGGAAAUGCUAAGCAUUUAUUGCCAAGAGCAGUUUAUAAAAAAUCAAAAAUACCUUCCCAAUUGGGAAGACUUGGUAUGUCAUAUGGUUCCUCUUUCUAAAUUCUCCCAGCCUGGGUCCAUCUAGGGAAGAGAAACAAGGAAUUCUUUGAAAUUAUCCAAGACGUCAGCUGCUUUUUAGCUUUCCGGUGACACAGAUGUUCUGCUGUAGUCUGCCCAGUUUGGCCUUGGUUGUGGAGAAUGUGGCCCCUGGAGCUUGUGGAUGCUGCUUGGGGAACUGAGAGGUUAUGACUUGGCCAGCAUCUCUCAGUGUGAGUCCGACGCCAGCCUUGAGCCCAGGUCUUCAUGGCUCUUUGCUUCUGUCCGCUGUGCAAUAAUGGUGAAUUAAUGUUGUCCAAGGAAGGGCUGAGGCAACUUCCUUUGGUUCCUGAUGAUUUCCAACUCCUCACCCUCUGGAUAGUCUGGCUCUUCUUGGAAUGUCCAGAUUUCACUGGGGAGCUCUUUCAGUUUUUGUAAAGGAAACCAAUGGAUGGAGGUAUCGUUAAAUAUGUCCAUGUAGUGCAAUGUCUGAGGAAA